CCUUUUUCUCUUUGACCACCAUCAUCUAUCACUCUAUGGGCGACUCUCGGUUUGGGACAAUCGGGAGCCCAACAAGAGUCUCUGUCAACGCUUUCAGGUUAAAGUGGUCCAGUAAAUCGUUGGUUUAUCAUUAUGCAGUUUCUAUAAUACCGGAGUGGCCGGGCAAACCCGGAGUUGUGACAUCAAUAUCGAAGCAGAAGGGGAUCGAAAUUCUUCAACGAUUGCAGACGAGGAUCUACCCAAGUGUCUUUCCGAAUCUUGGAGCGUUCGACGGCAAGGGAAACUUGUUUUCGUUCGUCGAGUACAAUUUCAACGGGCCUUCAAUAUCUUUCGAGCACAUACCUUUGGAUUCAGAUAAUGAAAGGAAGAAACCAAAGACAGUCAAGGUCACUAUCGCCCUUGUCAGGACCGUGAAUAUCAGCCUCUUGCGUGGGCUUCUGGAGGGUCGAGAUGACAGCAGUCUACGAGAUGGCAGUUCGGAUGCUAGUAGUUGUUUGAGUAUGUUAAACAUGUUUGUGCAGGCCCAGCCACGCCGAGGCGCCAAUCUUUACAAAGGGAACUCCUUUUAUGUGCCACCUUCCGGGUCUCCUGGAUUCGACAGAGAUAUUGAUCCACUCAGGUUAUGGAGUGGCUUCUUCCAAUCUGUUCGCCCCGCCAUCAACGAAAUCAUUGUCAACGUCGAUGUCACCGCUGGCGUUGUAAUGCCAAGUCAGCCACUCGUCCAAGCGGCGUGCAGUUUCAUCAGAUGUAGGGACGCGGUUGAACUUCGAGAUUUGCCCCCUCAUGAAUUCAGGAAAUUGAGGGCGUCCCUGAAGGGCCUCAAGGUUGCUGUUGCAAUUAAAAACCAAACCAGACGACGAUCUCGGCCAAUCAAAGACCUCUUACAGAAUGUUGGCGCUAUAGAGUUCGAUGGUCCGGAGGGCAUAACCACUGUAGCAGAUCACUUUUAUAGCAAGUACAAAGUCAACAUUCCUAAGCAUACGCUAGGCGUCAAGCUAGGUCAUGGGGAACAUUUCCCCAUCACCGUUUGCGAAGUGGAGACUCAACUCUAUAAGCCUAAGCUUGCCGCAAAUCAAGUUAGCGCGUUACACAGAUUCAUGCCUUCGAAUCCCGGAAACAGACUGAGAAGGAUUACCGAUGGGUGGGAAGCACUUGGCCAUUCGCAGUCGGAAUUCCUUCAGGCUGCACAAGUUCAGAUUGAUGAGCGGCCUAUGAGUGUUGAAGCACGGAUUUUGGACCCUAGAACGAUCGCAUUUGGACCGCGUCACGAACAGGAUAAUAGGCCUGACCUUCUCCGUCUCAAUCCGGGGAGUGCCGGAGUUUGGGACAUAAUGCGUAAACGACUGGUGAAACCCAUGAAGGUGGAUAUGAUGGUUGUUAACUUCACUGGUCUGCGCACGACGGAUACUAUGGUCAACUUUGUCAUGGAGUUGUGCAAUGUGAUGAAGGAACGGGGGAUGUUCAUCGCUAAGGCUUCCCCGGUGCUGCAUGGCAAACCUGGACAUGAUGUUAAUGAGACUCUCCUUGCGUACGGAAAUGAGCACCGUCCUAAUCUCAUUCUCGUUUUCCUUCCUGCCGAGGCGGAAGAGAUAUACAACCAAGUUAAGCGUUUUGGGGAUAUAACAAGGGGCAUUGCAACUCAAUGUGUACGCUGGAAGGACCAGCUGUUUGACCCAGGGAGAGGUGGCAGGGGAGGUGGUGGGCGGAAAAUCAAUUGGAAUCAAUACCAUAAUAAUUUGACCCUCAAAAUCAACGGCAAGUUGGGGGGCGUCAAUUACUACUCUUUUGACUCCGUCAUCCGGAUGCUUGAGGAAACGAAUGCGAUGGUCAUUGGUGCUGAUGUUAGCCAUCCUGCUCCCGGUAGUACUAUGCCCUCCAUCGCUGCAUUGGUGUCCUCUGUCGACUCGCGGGCUACUCGAUAUGUGGCGACUGUGAAGGUCCAACAGUCUCGUACGGAGUUAAUACAGGAGCUAGACCAAAUGCUUGGGACAGCAUUGGAAGCAUACUUCCAUUCUAACGGGAAGAUCCCUCCGAGAAGCAUCUACUUCUUCCGAGAUGGCGUCUCGGAAGGCGAGUUCGAGCGUGUACGACAAGGAGAAUUUUACACGAUGAAAAAGCUUACUGAGAGGAAGUAUAAGGAACUCGGGAAGCCUCCGCCAAAAUUGACCUUCAUUAUCGUUGGGAAGAGGCAUCAUUUCCGGUUCUUCCCAAAUGAUCCAAAAGACGCAGAUAGAUCGGGUAACUGUCGUUCUGGGUUUGUGGUUGACAGACGAAUUACGCAUCCCAUAUAUCGAGACUUUUAUCUACAAUCUCAAGCUGGGUUGAAAGGAACUAGUGUUCCGGGUCAUUAUACGGUGCUGGAAGACGAGAACCUUGGGUUUGACGCGAACGCGCUACAAGAAUUGGCUUAUUCCUUGUGCCACUGCUACUCGCGCGCAACACGAGCCGUCAAGAUUCCGGCACCGGUUUACUAUGCAGAUCUUGCCUGCCGUCGAGCCAAAUUCCAUUACGAUCCGACUAUGCAUGAGACGAUAUCGGCUCAGUCGGAGGAGUCUGAAGAGAUCCACCUAGACUUCUACAAGGAUAAUUUUACGCCGGUAAAUAAUAGCAUGAAGAGGUUCAUGUACUUUUUAUAGGGUUUUUUCCCCCUUGUACUUCAGACCCUAAGGGCUCCUCGUGCAGAGGACUAUUCAUGGUGUAUCGAGUCUCAGAGUCAAUGUUGUAUUCAAGUGCGUGUUGUACCCGUUCAUGGGGCCCUUUUCGGUUCAGUGGAGUUAGCUGGGUUUGGUUGAGGGGGAGUUGCAGGAACGACUUCUUUCCCCAGUUAAAUCUAGGUAAAAUCGGUGAACGGAAAAGGCUCAGGACUUGAUUUUGCGAACAUUUGUAUCGUAUUUUGAUCGUAUUCUUUAUUUUUUGUAUGGAGUUGUAGCGUUUCAUAUUUUGAAAUUUGACGAACA